GGGGUCCUGACCGCGUGGCCCCUGGGUACGCGCCAGUAACCGCCGAACAAGGAUGUCACAGGCAGAAGACACCGCAGAAUACCCGUGGGAUGAGCCAGAGCCUGCGCAAGAGACGUUCAACGCUUUCGGGUCAGACGAUGACUCUGACGACGAGAUGCCACGCACGCCCGCCUCCCGCAGACCCAGAGUCGGCGGUAGUCAGGGGAGCUGUGCUCGUGGGGGCAAACGAAAGGCUGGCAGCGAGGCACCUCCGGGGGCUGGGUCGACAGCGGCGGCUGUCGGCGAAGGAAGUGCUGGGAACGGCGGCGGCAGCAGUAGCAGCCGUGACGAUAGCUUGCGAGUUUCGGCCAGGGAGGCUGAGGACGGGGGGACGGAGGGCGAGAGAGAGGCGGGAAGAGAAGGAGACGAUCGGGAGAAGAGAGAGAGAGAGAGAGACAACGAUGACAGCACCAGCACCACGACCGCCGGGACAUCGGCUCUCCCCGCUGGCGACACGGACCUUGAGGACGAUAACAGAGCAGCGGUGAGAAAAGACACGGACACAGACGGUAGUGGCACCGAAGAGGAACGACCAACGCCAGCACCAGCAAGGAAGGAGAAGUUGGGAGGGAGCCGGACCAGCGGGGUGGCAGAGAAGGGAGGGGGAAGCAGCAGCAGCAGCAGCAAGCAUGCACAGGCAGAAACGGCCGCGGAUAGCCCCGGAGACGAAGCGCCACCGAUGACUCCGUGCCCGCUGCGGGCACUGUGCCGCGAAGAGUUCCCGACGAUCGACGUGGAGGCUCACGUCCAGAGGUGCCUAGAUGAAGACGAUGACGUUCAGGUAGUCGAUCCCCCCGGCACCGGCGCGGCAGCACAAGGGACGGGGAGCGGCGCGAGAGGGGCUGGUCCGCCGCACGGGGCCGCUGGCAGCGGCGGCGGCUCCAGCGAAGGGCAGGGCGCCGCUGGAAGUGGCAGCGAUGCCGGCGAAGAUAAGUGCCUCGUGUGUGGCAAGCCGUUUCCGGUGGGGUUGCUGCAGAGCCACGUGAACCUCUGUUUGGACAACCAGAUCAAGGUGGAAGAGGAGAGGGAGAAGAAGGAGAUUCGGGCUAAGAGGCAAAGAAAGUCCGUCCUCGUUUCUCGCCGGUACGUUCCCACGGGGACGCGUGCUCGACGACCCCUCGUCAAGAGCGAGGACACCAAGGCCGACAUCAAACUCGAACCUUCGGACGCCGCCGCCGCCCCCGCCCCCGCCCCCGCCGGAGGCGAUGCUGCCGUCGACAACGGCGCUCCGCCCGAGUGUAGUCCCUGUAAACCUUCAGACGGCGUCGAGCGGAAAAGAAGCAGGAGCGGCUCGGGGGCAGGAAGGGGCGGGGGCGCGGCGGGGAAGAGGAAAAAGGGGUCGNCUCGCCGGUACGUUCCCACGGGGACGCGUGCUCGACGACCCCUCGUCAAGAGCGAGGACACCAAGGCCGACAUCAAACUCGAACCUUCGGACGCCGCCGCCGCCCCCGCCCCCGCCCCCGCCGGAGGCGAUGCUGCCGUCGACAACGGCGCUCCGCCCGAGUGUAGUCCCUGUAAACCUUCAGACGGCGUCGAGCGGAAAAGAAGCAGGAGCGGCUCGGGGGCAGGAAGGGGCGGGGGCGCGGCGGGUAAGAGGAAAAAGGGGUCGGGGAGCGAUCGACCGAGGGCGCAGCAGCAGAAAGAGAAGGUUCAGGGCAAGCCCGAGGGGAAGGGGAAGGGUCGGCUUUUGCCUCCCGGCGCCAGCGGGCGGGGAUUCAAGUGCCCCAAGAGGUCGAGAGGGUGCGGCGCGAUCAACACGGAGUCAAGUCAGAGGUGCUGCAAGUGCAACGUUCGCCUGUGGACGUUGGUCAAGCCCAACGGCGGCACGGGGCCCCCGGUGAGGUUUCGGGUAGACGACCUCGUCCGGUGGUGGGAGCUCCCCUACAUGGCGGUCCCAGGGAAGGACGAGAGGAAGAAGCAGGUCGGGUACGUGUACUCCCUCGAGGACCACAAUGAUGACGGGCGCGACAUGGAAGCCUUCUGCACGUACAGGUACCAGCCCGGCUACCUCAGCGCUGCCAUCAACCUCAAGGAUCUGGAGCUAGUGCCAACUCCGCCACGGGGAGAAAGGGCCGGGAGCAGAAGCGCGAGCAGCGGCGCUGGCGGUGAGUCCGGCGGGGGCGGUGGGGGCGGCGGUAGCAGCGAUAGCGUCGGCAGCGGCAGCGUCGGCAGCGGCGGAGGGGGCAGUGGCGGUGGCGGUAACAGCAGCACCGGCAGCGGUAGCGGGGGCGGCAGCAGCGUUUCGUCGCUGUCCGCCGGCGGCUCCCGUCCGUCCGUAACGGUUCAGUCCUGGGGACGCGGCAAGUGCGAGCACGUCGAGGCCGGGAACGAGGUCAACUACAAGAACGGCAAGUGUCACUACUGCCACGAGGCCGGGAAGGGCGGCAGUGGUAGUGACCCCAUGGAGGAGGAGAAGCGCGUGGAGGACAAGAGCGUCAAGUGCGAGACCCCCGGAUGCGAUAGCGGCCAGUACGCGCUCGGCGUGUGCUGCGCCUGCUUCGACCGGCACCGGGAGCGGAUAGCAGCGAUUCGGACAGCAGCGAAGAAGAAGCGGCAGUUGCAGGAGAAAAAUCCCCCUCCUUGCCGAGCGUGCGAGGGGCUUCUGUCGGAAACGCAGCACGCUGAGUGCGUGCGGACCGCUAACGGGACCUAUUCUGGAGACGAGAACGCCUCGGUGGAUUCUCUGGACAACUCAGACACUGGCAGGUGCUCGGAGUGCGGAAUUAUCGGCGGCAAAGGACGUGACAACCAGCUGCUACUGUGUGACGGCAAUGGCUGCCCCAUCGCCACGCACAUGAAGUGCCUCGACCCCCCGCUAAACGAGGUCCCUCGAUGGCUGUGGUACUGCAAUGCCUGCGUGCUAGACAAGAACGCGGAGCUAUCUGUAAGAGGGUGCAACGCAUGCGGCAGCACGGAUGACGACGAGAAGAUCCUACUCUGCGACGGACCCGGAUGCAACAGCACUCCAUAUCACUACGACUGCCUCCCGGUGCCUUUGAAGGGCCUCCCGUUGGGGACGGAUCCUUGGUUCUGCCCCCGCUGCGCCCACGGCAAGAAGCCGUCUUCGGUUUCCUCUUCUCCUGUCCCUGCAAGCGGUGACAAUGACGGUGACAAUGACGGUGACAAUGACGGUGACAAUGACGGUGACAAUGACGGUGGCGGAGGUGGUGAGUAGUCAGGGUCCGUCAGUAGUGCUACACAGUUGGGGUCCCCGAAUAAGAGGCGGUAGUGGUGCAGCUGAUCAUGACAUCAUGACCGCCCUAUCUGGGCAGCCGCCUCGUGCAAUGUGUGUAACAGCUUGAUUUCGCCGUCUGUGCUUGCCAUGUUCCACCCGCCUUGCAUACGGCGACCACAUUAUUCAGACCACCUUGUUCGAGAACCCACUGUACUUUGAUCCCCUGGCCUUACCGCAGUGCCGCAGGAGCCGGAGAGAUGGUGCCUCCCUUGCACCAACUUUCAAGGCCUAAUUUCUCCGCAACCAAGGCUUCGCUCGGAAAGAGCCCAACAGAAACCCCUCGACGAGAUGAUGUUUCCAAAACCAUGUACGAAGUAACAUCUUUGCUCUUGGCACAAGCUUGCUUGUGGAGCAAUCGAGCUUUGAAAACCGGUCUAGGGGGGUUGCCAUCUCUCCGCCUCUCACGGAAUACCACGGUACGGUAUACGGUACGGUAUAGACAAUCUUGGUUGUGGAGCAAUCGAGCUUUGAAAACCGGUCUAGGGGGGUUGCCAUCUCUCCGCCUCUCACGGAAUACCACGGUACGGUAUACGGUACGGUAUAGACAAUCUUGGUUGUGGAGCAAUCGAGCUUUGAAAACCGGUCUAGGGGGGUUGCCAUCUCUCCGCCUCUCACGGAAUACCACGGUACGGUAUACGGUACGGUAUAGACAAUCUUGGUUGUGGAGCAAUCGAGCUUUGAAAACCGGUCUAGGGGGGUUGCCAUCUCUCCGCCUCGUACGGAAUACCACGGUACGGUAUACGGUACGGUUCAGACAAUCUUGGUUGUGGAGCAAUCAAGCUUUGAAAACCGGUCUCGGAGGGUUGCCAUCUCUCCGCGUCUCACGGUACUCUUACGGUUUGUUAGGGAGCUUGAGUUUUUUGCUGACCGCCCGCCCGCAGUCUCUGGCCGUGAAGGAACGAGCUCCUAUUAAUACUGCAUUUUCAUGCCCCUGCCUACUUGCCGUUGUCAUUUUCGUUGUUGGUGUUGGUGUUGGUGUUGUUUUGCCUGUUCAUGUUGUGUAUUAUGUCUCCUUAUUCGAGAUGGCCCGGAUAUGACUAGACUACGACAACAGCAAAUAUCUCCAGUGAGCGUAGUUUGCAAGUUGCCGUCUUCAAAUCGAGUGUCGGAAAUAUGCGUCGACUUGAGCGUUUUUGCCCUUGCUCAAAGCUGCGAAGGGUGUUGGUA